AUGAGCAGAGCGCAGCUGACGCGGACGGGGAUCCUGCGGAUGGCGCUGGGCGGCGGAGGCGGCGCUGACCCGCUGCUGCCGGCGGAGGGCGGCGGGGACCGGCGGGCGCCCUUCCUGCUGCGGGCGCUGCGCAUCGCCGUGGUGGUCUGCCUCUACUGGUUCACCUCCAUCGCCAUGGUCUUCCUCAACAAGUACCUGCUGGACAGCCCCUCGCUGCGCCUCGACGCCCCCCUCUUCGUCACCUUCUUCCAGUGCGCCCUCACGGCCGCGCUCUGCCUGGGCCUCAGCCUGGGGGCGGCCUGCGGGCCCCCCUGCGCCGGCCUGCCCGCCCUCCGCCUCGACCCCAAGGUGUCCCGCAGCGUCCUGCCCCUCUCCGCCGUCUUCAUCGGCAUGGUCACCUCCAACAACCUCUGCCUCAAGCAUGUCGGCGUGGCCUUCUACAACGUGGGGCGCUCCCUCACCACCGUGUUCAACGUGCUGCUCUCCUACCUCCUCCUCAAGCAGACCACCUCCCUCUAUGCCCUUCUGGCCUGCGGAGUCAUCAUAGGUGGCUUCUGGCUGGGUGUUGACCAGGAAGGAGCAGAGGGUACUCUGUCAUGGACAGGUAUAUUCUUUGGGAUCUUGGCAAGCCUUUGUGUCUCUCUCAAUGCCAUCUACACCAAGAAAGUGCUGCCUGUGGUGGAUGGUAGCAUCUGGCGUCUGACCUUCUACAACAACGUCAACGCUUGUGUCCUGUUCUUCCCGCUGAUGGUGCUGCUGGGCGAGUUCCGCACCCUCUACCACUUUGACAAGCUGGGGAGCCCCAGUUUUUGGGGCAUGAUGACCUUGGGGGGAGUGUUUGGCUUUGCCAUUGGGUAUGUGACUGGACUUCAGAUUAAGUUCACUAGCCCACUCACCCACAACGUGUCUGGGACAGCCAAGGCCUGUGCACAAACAGUGCUGGCUGUUAUCUACUUUGAGGAGACAAAGAGCUUCCUGUGGUGGACGAGUAACUUGAUGGUUCUGGGGGGCUCCUUUGCCUACACGUGGGUGAAAGGACUGGAAAUGAGAAAGGUGCAAGAGGAUCCUAAUGUCAAAAGUGGUGAAAGAAAUGACACUGGUGUGUAGGCGGCUCUUGCACCUCUAUUUUUGGGCCUGGAGGGGAUAACCUUUGGUGCUCCUUUCCUCUUGGGGAGAAGAAGAACAAGGAGCAGGAAAAAAUGACCUGCAAAGUGUGUGGGGAACUGUGUCAGGAACCAGAGCCAAAGACUUGACUGGAUCAUGUUUUGUCUCACCCCGUGUCAGAGUUGGGGAGAGCAUGUGUUGUGGAGAUCAACUGGGUUGGGUUUUUUGUGAUUGUUUUUUAAAAUGGAUGUUGUUAUUUACCUAUUCUGGGAAAUUUGCAUCUGGGGAGUGGGAGGGGGGGCCACAUUGGGUUCAUAUCAGACAAAGACUGGAAUGGGAGCUUUGUGUGGUUAGGGAUCUAAAAUUACCUGAAUGAAUGCAAUCUGGGGUUAUAAAAUCCUGAACCUGCAGGCAAGGAAGAGGCAAGUAGCCAGACUGUUUGGGUUAGACUUCAGUAAACUGUUUUGCUGUAUAAGGUUUUUGCAACAGCUGUUCUUCCUGUUGCCCCAUUCAGUGCAGAGGAUGGAAAUUCUCUCCCUUCUGGCUAUGUACAAGUCUAAGCAACAGCAGUACCUCUAAAAUGCCGUUCCAAAAAGUCAGUAUCACAUC